AUGUGGUAUUGAGCAUUGAACAAUGAACGUAUUUGAAAAGGCGUCAAAGAGUUUGCAACGUAUGGGUUCUACUCCACAUAAAUACCUUGUGGAGUUUGAACUUAAAAGGUUACAAGGGUUGAUGGAAUAUUUAGCUAUCAAAAGAGAAAGUGCUCCAGUUAGUGUCACUGUGUCAAAGGGCGGGAAAUCAGUGUCAAGUAGACCUAGUAACAAUGGCGUUUGGAACGAGAAACUCAGUAUGCAAAUAACCCUCUUUGAAAAGGCUUCAGGGAGUGAAACUUAUUUGGAACCGAAGAAACUAGUUGUAGAAGUUCACUUGGUAAAAGCAGGGAACAAAGUGUCAGUCGGGCGUGCUGAAAUAGACAUCGCUUCUGUCGCAGCCAUCAGCGGUGAAGUUAGCUCCAGAGAACUUGAGUUGCUUUUAAAAGGCUCUUCUUCCAACUCCUUUCGAGGCACGGAGCUGAAGCUUUCCCUUCGAAUGACGACCAGUGGUUUGCGUGCAGAUACCGACGGUACUUCGUCACCAAGGAGUUUAGGUCGAAGCUCUACGCAGUCUUAUUCAACUAUGGCUAGUGAUGCUUCGUCUCCACUCUCAAGUAGCACCCCAGUUGAAACCCCCUCUCCUAACUUACACGGAGAAAGGUCUUUACCAGUCCUGCCAAGGCUGUUUACUUCUUCAGACGAAAGAAGAUUUAGCUUGUUCUCGAAAACUGCGAAUUCGAAAGUAUCUCCAACCGAAUCUAUGAAGCAUCUUUCGAAUAGUUCUUCUCGACAGUCAGCAAAUGAUGAGAGGGUAUCAUCUACACAAGACAAAGUCGCAAUAGAAGGAGAAACUUCUAAGAGUCCCCAGACUAGAAGUUCUUCAAGAGCGAGUUCUUUAUUUGGUUCACUUAGGAAUAAGGUGAAUGCCGAGGCAAAUGAACAAAGGCGAACUCCACAAGGAAGGAACGAUAGCUUUAAUACAAAUAUAUCACCGAGUUCUCAAGAAGUGUCUGAUUCAUCUGUAUUGCAAAGGAGUUUUUCGCAGUUGUCGUAUUCAGGAGAAAGCCAAAUGAAUGAUGUAAAUAUUUUAAAAGAACAACUUCGCAAGGAAAGAGAUCGUUCAAAAGCUAUGGAAGAAGAAUUGAAGCGUAAAGAUGAACAGAUGAGAUUGAACAAACUAUCCUAUCAAGAGGAACUUCAGCAACUUACCUCAAUGUUGUUUCAAGAGAGGAAUAAGCUUUCAGUUGUUGAAGAACAGCGUCGAAAGCUUCAACAGGAGCUGAAUUCGAUGAGAGAGAAAAAUGUAUCAACAGAUGAUAGCAAGAAAAAGGCGUCUUCGACAACAUCGUUAUAUGAAGAGAAUUAUCGGUUGAAAGAGGAGAAUCGUGAGUUGAAAGAGAAACUUGAGUCCCUGGAUAAAUACUCUUAUUCUAAAAUGAAUGACUCCCCUGUGAAUGUUAAUGUUACGCCUCUGCUUGAGAAGAAUGAUACAAAUGGAAAGUAUGAUGGGCCAUUUACAGUAGGACAGCUAAUACAAGAACUGGUUUCAAUGAAAGUGAAAUACGCCGAGUCACAAAGUGAGUUGGAAAGAGAGCGGCAACGCAUGCGAAACGUUUCUCAGAUGUUGCAAACGUCAAAGCGGCAGAAUAAUACAAUGGCGUUGGAAAUGUCACAGUUACAAAAGGAAAUUACGACUCUUCGACGAGAAACAGGAAAAAAUAUAGAACAGCAUAAUGUAAACUCGCCUUCGAGUAAGCGCAUUGCUGCUGAUAGAAGUCUUGACAUGGAAUAUCAAGUUCAAAAUGAUGAUGUUUCGUUACGAAGGUUAGUCAAGAAGAAGGCUAAGGGAUGGAAAAAAGUUUUUCAUUAAGAGUGAAACAGAGACUAUUUCAUUUGUAUAUAUUUUUGAAAUGAAAAUAUGUAUUAUUUUUUGUUAUAUAAGCUCUGUCGAUUAGAGGAACACAACUAGUAAAAUGAUUUCAUGAAUAACAGCCUAGUUUUGGAU